AUGGCCAACAGCCUCUACAUCGCCGACACUCCUCCCGAGGUCUCCUCAGCCAAAGGCCUACAUCUAAUCACCCAAAACACGCCCAACGGCCAGGCCACGCAAAUCAUGCUCGAAGAACUCGCCGACACCUAUGGCACCACCUGGACGACGACUCUCAUCAACAUCUCCACCAACGAGCAGAAGAAAGAAUGGUUCCUCCGCCUCAACCCCAACGGCCGCAUCCCGACACUCAUCGACAAUACGCAAUCUCCUCCGUUCCCUGUUAUUGAGACAUCCGCCCAAUUGCUAUACUUGGCGAAAUUUGUGGAUAAGAACGAUACAUUCGGGUUCAAGAAUGAGCUGGAACGCAAUGAGGCGUUGCAGUGGAUGUUCUUCUGGCAUGGUGGUGGGGCCCCGUAUCAGGGCCAGGUCAAUCAUUUCACGAGGGCCGCGCCGGAGAAGAUUCCUUAUGCUAUAAACCGGUACAAAAAUGAAACAUUGCGUGUCUACGGCGUACUUGAGAUCAGACUGUCAGGCCAAUUCACGGGCGUCCCGCGCGAUUAUCUAGCGGGGGAAGGAAAAGGCAAAUACAGCGUGGCGGACAUCAAAACCUGGCCGUGGGUGAAAGGUUGGGAACGCAGCGGGUUCACGGCCGAAGAAAUGAAGCCGUUCCCUCAUUUGCUUAAGUGGAUCGAUCGGAUCGCUGCUCGACCGGCCGUUCAGAGGGGUAUUGGCGAUAAAUAUGUCAUGAAGUAA